CUCUAUCUUUUUUGUAAUUGGUGAUUUUACUCUAAGAUUACUUAAAAACAAAGAAAAAAAUCAUUCUGCGUUAAUGCGUUUUGUACAUGUUGCGCGUGGGCCAGAGAGAGAAAACAAAUAGUGCGCUGACAUCCUCUUAAUAUUCACAACGUUUAUUAAUUAAUUACCUAAAUAAUGUUUUGAGGGACACGUCAUCCACUUAUUUCAAUUUGACAUUACACAUCAGAAUAUUUCAUUUGAAAUUCACCAUAAAAUAUAUAAAACAAACAUCAUAGAAGUGCAGGUCAUUAAAACUCUCUUUGAUGUAAUUUUCAUGACAAUCCUGUCAAAAAUAACUACCUUUAUAAUAUCACCCAAAGUAUACUCAUUCAGUCAUUUUAUAAUGACGUAUAAUGUGUAUUCAUAAAUAAAAAAUACGUUUCACCAAAACUUUUCAGAACAGAUAUUAGGCAAAUAGUGUUAGACCCAUGGACUACAUUAGCGUAGUAUUGCCGUUUUUGGCAACGUAUUUAAUACCUGGGAGUCAAUCUGACAAUAAUUAUUGUGAUGCACAACAUGAAUUAAUGGAACAAUUUUUAACAGUCAGAAAUCUAGACACUGCUAUUUUAUACACGUGUUGGUCACUGUCAGAUCGAAUCAGAUAUAUGAAAAAAUUCAAUGAAAAAAAAAUAGCGGUCACACACCGCAAUAAAGAAGAUUUUUAUGGGGCUUUUAGUUUGGAUGAUUUGUUUACAGUAACAGUGUAUUCUCCUUUACUAGGAAUAAUCAUCGAUUGGUCAUGUAAUGAUGAUCCAUUGCUCAAGUUUUCAGAAAGUUGGUUAUGGAACGCUAGCUAUCAUUGGCUAAUGGUGAUGAGCAAAAAACCAAAUAAUAAAAUUCAAAGUUUUUUAUCAAAAAAAAAAAUUAAUCUCUCAAUCAGCAGUGAAAUUUUAUUAGCAUAUCCUAAUGAGAUGGAUGGCAUUAUUACUAAUUGGCAUAUUUUUGAUAUUUAUCGUACAGCUUUCGAACCAAGAGGAAAGCUAAUGAUUGAUGUUGUGAAUAAAACUUUUGGAAAAUGGGGAAAUCGAUUAUGGAAAUUUGAUAAAAGAUCAAAUUUAGGAAAUUUAACGUUAAAUGUUGUUACUAUAGGAAACCCUUAUGGUGCUUUGGCUAAGAAAAAUGGUACGGAUAUUCAACCAUCUAGUGAAGAACUGGUUAAAUAUUUACAAACGUUUAAUUUGGAUCGAUUGAACUCUGUGCAAAAAUUUAGCUUUGCCAUAAUGUAUCCGCUGACGAAAAUUUUAUUAAACAUCACAUUAAAUAUUCAAACGACGAAUUCAUGGGGUUACAAAAUUAAUAACAAAUGGGACGGAAUAGUUGGAAUGUUGAUAUCUGGAGAGGUCGAUUUUUCUAUAAGUUUAAAUGCACUGAGGUCUGAAAGAUAUGAUGUCGUCGAUUACUCUGCUAUUUCUACUUGGAAACAUUUGCCUUGCUUUAUCUUUCGUCAUCCUCGAUCGUCUACGGCGUCAACGAACAUAUUCUUGCGUCCAUUUGAAACGGCUGUUUGGUUUUCAAUAAUAUGUGUACUGAUAUUAUCUGGAUUUGUUUAUUGUACAAUUAUGCAUUAUGAAUCGAAUCAAAUGUUCUCGUUGAGAGUAUUAAGUGAUAUUGUCCUACUAAAAAUUGGCACGUUAUGUCAACAAGGAACAGCAAUGGAACCCACGAAACUUAGCAAUAGGCUAAUUGUGUUUUUAAUGUUCGUAUUCAGUUUGGUUAUGUAUCAAUUUUAUUCAUCGAGUAUUGUCUCCGGAUUAUUGCGUCCGACCGUUAUAAAUAUCGAUUCGGUUCAAAAGCUUGAAGAAAGCGGAUUAGACGUUGGCGUUGAAGAUUUCAACGUUGCUACUAAAGUUAUUGAAGUAUACGGGGAAAUCAAUCCGUACUUGAAAAAAAUUAUCGACAAUAAAAUCAAACCGAAAUCAGAGUAUCUGUUGGCUAAAGAUGGGGUGAAAAAAAUAAAAAAAGGUCACUAUGCAUUUUUCACCGAUCCGGCCAGCAGUUAUUGGUUGAUAAACGACAUUUUUACUGAGAAAGAAAAAUGUGAUUUAACGGAACUGCCACUCCACAGACCGGAAACUACUGGUUACUUGGUUCGGAAGGAAUCUCCGUACAGAAAAUUGAUCAAUUAUGCAAAUUGUAUUUUACGGGAAACUGGUCUUAUGGAAAGGGAACUCCGUAUAUGGCAUGCUGAAAAACCGAAAUGCACCGCUGGGAAAACUACGACCGAAGAAUCAUUGGUUAGCGUUGAAAUUAAAGACGUUGCAUCACUCAUAGUUUUUCUGAUCAUCGGUUUUAUCAUUUCUUUCACAGUUUUAAUAUUGGAAAUAAUUGUACACCGCCAUAAAACAAAUACACAUAUGAUAAUAAAAAAAUAACUGAUCGAAUUAAGCAGAAAUACAUGUAUUCAUCGAACAUUUAGGGACCAAUUUUAAUGUCACUGUGUUACAUGAUAUGUAGACAUUUGAAUAUUUGAGUUUAUAAUUAUUAUGUCAUCAUUAUUAUUAUGUUUCAAUCAUUGGAAAUUAUAUUUAGUAUACAUCUACUGAAUAUCAAAUUUAAUUAAAUUGAACUAUUUAUGUGGGUAGAUACUUUUUAAGUUAUUAAUCGCUAUUUUUCAUUAAAUUAAGUAAGUAACAGCUUAUUAAAUUUACUUGGAUUUGUUGUUCGUAUUUAAUUUAUUACAUAAUAAUAUUAUACACCGUU